GUCUGCGGUCGAUCGCACCGGAGACAUCGAAGCGGUGGAUUCAAGUGUUUCACCGGUUCUCUGUGGAUGUGAGACGCUCAGUUUCUGCAGACUACAGGGAUGGGCCGUUGUCUGGAUGGCUGACGGACGGGGACCUAUCACGUGACAAGAUGCUGGCUCGUAACCGCUUCCUCCUCCUGGUGGUGGUGGGUGGGGCGGCGCUGGCCAUCAUCAGUCUCAGCCUCCAGUUCUUGAACCUGAUCCCCACCACUCCCAUAGUGGAGGAGCGACCUUUCCAGGCCGCUGAUGGAGGUGUCGGGGUGGCUCAGGGGAAGAGCAGAAAGCGAGUGUUCCCGGUGCCUCAUACCCAGCAGCCCAACCCCAUAUCUGAGGCCUACGGCUACUGCAACACCCCCAACCGCACCGAACAAGCUUGGGAGGGUCACAGUCCUGCCGACUACAAACUGCUGUCUGUGCAGGUGAUGAUUCGCCAUGGAGACCGCUAUCCACUGUACUCCAUCCCCAAGACCAAGCGGCCUGCCAUCGACUGCACUCUGUCUGUUAACAGGAAGCCUUCCCACUCCCUGCUGAACUCCUUUAUCACUCACAUGGGUCAGGGAGGACGUGGCCACUGGGAGUCCCCUUUGAGCUCUGUCCCCCGCCUGCCCAACCACAGUGCCUGUGAGAUGGGAGAGCUCACACAGACAGGUGUGGUGCAGCACCUGCGCAACGGGCAGCUACUCCAGCAAGCCUACAAGCGCCACAAUCUCCUCCCCUCCAAUUGGUCGCCCCGCCAGUUGUGGGUGGAGACCACAGGUAAGAGCCGCACUCUUCAGAGCGGACUAGCCUUCCUCUACGGUUUCCACACUGACUUUGAUUGGACAAAGCUGACCGUGCAUCACCAGUGGAGCACGUUGUUCUGUGGCUCGGCCUGCGACUGCCCCGCCAGGAACAGAUACCUGGAGGAGGAGCAGAGGAGGCAGUAUCGGCUCAGAGUGGCCGAUAUGGAACUGGAAAGGACUUACGCCGAUAUGGCGCGCACUUUGGGUCUGCCCACCCGCCAGCUCCGAGCUGCAAACCCCAUUGACUCUCUGCUGUGCCACCUGUGCCACGGCCUUUCUUUCCCAUGCGUUCCCAUGGCAGAUACUGGUAGCGGUGGGUGUCUAACAAUGGCACAGUUUGCUGUGAUUCGUCGGCAGCAGCUAGAUGACGAGAUGGAUCGGAGAAGAGCAGGACUGUACCAUAAAUACGCCAUUCUGGCUAUGUACCCUUACCUCAACCGAACAGCCACCAAGAUGGAGCGAGUCGCCAAGGGCAAUGAGGCUGGCCGGCAACCAAGAGCAGGAGGUGAAGAGGUGUUCACCCUCUCCUCAGCUCAUGACGUCACCAUGGCCCCCUUGUUGAGCGCCCUGGGACUAGAGGAGGCCAGGUUCCCACGAUUUGCAGCAAGAGUGGUCUUUGAACUGUGGAAGAGUCCCCCAAUGACUCAAGGACAGUCAAAGAAGAGAGCUGGCAAAGCUGAGAAGUCAAAGGCGAAAGAUGGGGAACUGUUCAUCAGGGUACUGUACAACGGCGAGGAUGUGACAUUUCACACCACCUUCUGUCGCUCCUAUGACCGCCACGCCAGCCAGCCACUGUGUCCUCUGAAGAACUUCUUGUCUUUUGUCAGGAGAGACAUGUUCAGUGUUGUCAACGCUACUUCCUACCAGGAGGCCUGCUACAGACGCCCUGGUUGACAGAUGGAGGGGAGGGUGUUUGAGUAAGGGCGCAGCAUUAAGAGUUGACAGAUGGUUAUAUUUUCCUUGUUUUUUUUGUUUUUUUAAGUUGUUUUCCACUUUUAAAGAUGUUGCACUUUUAUGCUGCUCAUAGUGUCUUAAAACGCCACAUCUUUUUUUACAUGUAGUUUUUAACAUUGCUGAGCACAAACUUGAGUGGCAAACACCUACUGUAUAUCAUAUCUUGGUCAGAAGUUUUCAUGGGCUCAAUGUUUAAAUUAUAUGGUAUCAACACUUAGACCUAACCUCAGCUUCUAACCUGAGAGCUUCUUCAAAAUUCUGUUUUGAAUAUUGUAUAUUUUCUCAAACAUAUUUGUAUGGUAUAAAUAAUUCAAGGGAAGCUGUAUGGCACUUAGCCACUUUAUUCCUACAUUCCAUAAUACCAUGGAAUAUUAAAACUCCACUAUUCCCAAAUGCCUGCUAGAAAAGGGAAUAUUGAAGCUGGAAAUACUGUGCUGGAUUAAUCAUUCUUGGGAAAUAUUUUGUAUAUAAUAAUCUUUUCAAUGAAAAAUACACAUUGGGCUAGUUUGGGCCAUUACUCAAUAAGUUUAACUCAUUUGUCACUUAGCAUUUCUUUCAGUAUGAAUGUUUAUUCAUUGCUGUAGCUCUGUUAGGCUUAUUUAUCUGUUUUUCUCCCUUCAGUUUCUAAAAAUUUACUGCGGUACUUUGACAGUGACAAGUGAUAUCAUUUUUGUUUCAUUUUUAAUAUUGAUUUUAAUUUUUCUUUUUAAGGGAUGUGACACUGUUGUUAGACCAUUCCACUACAGUAUAUGAGACAAUAUCAAUUGGUGAUAUAACCAAUAACAUUCCACUUUUUGUUUUGUUUUUUUUGCUUGAAGGAUACUGAAUCUGUAAGUGGUUCAUUCUCAACAGACCUUUAUACUGUAAAGCACAUAUGGAGUAAAAUAAAUACUCUCAUGUUGUCAU